AAAAGCAGAGUUGCUAUGGUGAUUUGUUUUUUUCGGCCACAUUUGCUAGCCGCACCGAAAGCGGAAGAGGAGUGACGAAAAGGGAUUGUUUUGCUAAAGGCUAACUGUUGUCUCACAGUGGAUUUGUUAUUCCCUCUCUAAUCGGCGCUGUGAGCUCCCAGAGGAAUAUCUCCGGACACAAAUGUGAGUCGAUCGAGGGAAACAAACGGGGGAAACAUGAACGGGAGCACGAACCCGCUGCUGGACAAAGAGGAGCAUGUGUUGAAGCUCGGAGAAAGCUUCGAGAAGAGGCCGAAAUCUUCCUUUCACACCAUCAGAUAUGACUUUAAACCGGCAUCUAUCGACACAAGCUGUGAGGGAGAGCUACAAGUUGGGAAAGGAGAUGAAGUUACCAUAACGUUACCUCACAUCCCGGGCUCCACGCCUCCCAUGACGGUAUUCAAAGGAAACAAGCGGCCGUACCAGAAGGACUGUGUGCUCAUCAUCAACCACGACACCGGGGAAUUCGUACUGGAGAAGCUGAGCAGCAGCAUCCAGGUCAAGAAGACUAGGGCGGAGGGCAGCAGUAAGAUCCAGGCUCGGAUUGAGCAGCAGUCGGUCCGGUCCAGCCAGCCCAGUUCUCAGUUCCGGGCCCCCACCAAGCCCGGGACCGGAGUCAAGGCCUCCCCAUCUCCUUCUAAGGAUAAUCCCUCCCCAGAGCCUCAGCUCGAUGACAUCAAAAGAGAGCUGCGAGCGGAGGUGGAGGUGAUAGAGCAGAUGAGCAGCAGCGGCAGCAGCAGCUCCUCCGACUCAGCCAGCGCCUCGGGGAGCGGCGACGACAGCAGCAGCAGCGACGCCGAGCACGACUUCCCCCGACCGCUCACCCAGACCUCCCCCAACCGCCACCCCAUGGCCAACGGAGGAGCCGACCGGCAGCAGGGCAACAACCAGCUCAUGAACACACUACGAAACGACCUACAGCUCAGCGAGUCGGGCAGCGACAGCGACGACGACUGAACUCUGGUCAGUCUCUCUCUCUCUCCACACUCCUCCUCCUCCUUUCUGCCUGGUUCACUUAUUCCUUUGCUGUGAUAGCUGACCCCAGCUGUAUAUCUCGGUUUGACUGUAUUUUUCAUUUUAUUUUAGUAUAUCCUUAAAGCUGGCCAGCCUGGAACUUUAAGAGUGUAUUUUUAUUAGAUGUAUAUUUUGUUUUGUAUAGCAAAACUUUAGAAAAAGAAACUUUUACUUGAGAGGUUUGGAAGAGUAUAUAUUAGAGUGCACAUACAUAUUUUCUGUACUUAGAGCAGCUAGUUUUCUCUACCUGUAUCAUCUGUUUUUGUGGUGUUUAUCGUAAGGCGAGGAAGAGAUUGUGUUGAAGUAUCACCCCUCAUCCUCUCACCUGGCCUCGUCGUUUAUCAGAGAAGGUUGUGGGAACCCUCUCUGUCUUUUUAUUGGUUCGCUAAGAAUACAAAAAUUGCAGAAUUGCACAGAUAGCCUGUGCAGCCUGUGCAUGAGCAACAAAUCAAAGGAAAAAACAUCAAUUUUAUCAUCAGCUUAUGUAGUGGGUUGAGAUCAGUGUAGAGCUGCCUUACUGAUCUCAACUUUAGUUUCUUAGUCACAGUUUUAAACCGUUUGCUGCGUUUUAAAAAUCUCUCUCACCUUCAUUCGUUAGAAAUGAAUAACUCCUUAACGCUUAUGUCCUUCAUUAAAGGAUAAGGAUAUACUUUAUGUUUGUUAUCGUCAAUAAAUCCCAUGAAAAGACCAACCCUGGCUGUCUGUGGCUCUGAAGACAUGAAUCUAUAAAAACAGCUCACACAUAAAUAGAUUUAUUUUCUAAAAAAGCACAGUAGUGUCCUUAAAUAGCUGGACGCAGGAGUUUUUAGCAAACGUUACUAAAACAGUAAAUAAGUAAUUUCUUGGGACUAUUUUCAGCGGCGGAUUAAUCCACAUUUGGUGCUCCAGUGAGUAUUUGUGGCAGUAGAACAAUGUAUGUGAGAUUGAGUUAAAAUAACCCACAGUGUGUAUGUUCAUGGUAAUAAAGGAACAUGAAUAAUGUAACAUUGAUCUGUUUUUAAUAGUUUUUUGACAACAUUGGCGCUUUUGAUACACACACAAUAGGUUUUGGUCUUUUCAUGGGAUUUGCUGCCAGUAAGAGAAAUAUAUAGAAUUUUGCCAGUUCAUAAAACAGUUAUCUAAUUAAAGUGGAAUUUACCUAAAUUAAAUUUCAGGUUGCUGUUCGGUAAUUAUUUCACUUCAAGGUUUUGGCAGAAGUUCAAGAUUAGUGACAUAACCUUAUAGGAAAUCUGAUUUAGAUUCAGACUAAUUUGAUUUUGAUUUCUGGCAUCUAGUGCCACAUAGCACAAUGUCUACGAGUUGGAGCCAAGUUACAGAUGUUUAAAGCUGCAUUUAAAACUCAAACUCACAGACACACAGACCUGAUAUAUAUCAGCUGAUUGUGUUGUUAUGCUCAUGUGUUAGCAAACAGUUGAAUGUAAGUCUAGUACUCACUUUCCUUUAAGCUCUGUCCACCAGCAACUGAGACUCAACUGUGGCUGCAGUUGUUGAUGAGAGCCGAGAGAACUCAAACGUACAGUUUAUCUGUAGCUGGAGAAUCAAACACUAUGAGCUUCAAGAGGCUCACAAUCCCAGCCGAGCUGCAGAGGUGGCUGUUAAUUAGCAGUGUUACCAAAUAAAACAUAGGCAGCCAUUUGAUUGUACACUACAUGCCCUGCACCAAACAGAGGAGGAGUUAGUAAGUUGGUAGUUUACUACAACAAAUGCAUUUUCUCAGCUGUGUGUUGGUAUCUCCAUCAUUACUUCCUUCCUUCUCGUCCUUUUCCAAAGUCACAGUAAAUCCCACGGAUUCACAGUAUAACCAGUAACAGUAUCAUAGUUGAAUUUCAGAGAAUUACUGAUGAUAUCAAACACUCCACAGUCUGUUAAGAUCAUCAAAGUUAAAAUCGGAGUCUAGAUUUGAGACAUUACAAAAACACCUGAAACUCAACUUAUAGAUGAUUAAAUCUGGAAAAGGGAAAAAGAUUCCUCAAAGAGCUUUAUUUUCCUAUUUUUUCUUUUCCAAAUGACCACUAUUUGUUUCACUUUUGUUGUGUCAGCCAUGUCGUUUUUCAAACAGAGAAUAUCUUAUUUUUCCAUCAUUUUCAUAUAACACUUAUAUUAUUGGACCAUUCCAUGCCUUACAGCAUUUCAGUUUGGAUAUGAAGGUUGAAUGUGUCGUUUUCUGAGAAUGCCAAAGAGUUGAACUGCCCCUCAUCAUGUGCAGAGAGCAGGAACGUUCAGAGUAACAGUGUCCCGUCAGUGUGUAAAUGUAUUCAGUAUUCAGUAUCGGAGACUGUGUUGUGUACGAGUAGUGAAGUCAGUGAUUAUCUGCAGGAGUCAAUAUCAUUCGGUGUUGGUUGUACAGUAUUGUGUAUACAUGGUAUCAUUAUUAAUGCAUCAAAGGCAAAUCACAGAAUCAUGAUGAUUUGAUCAAAUGGACAAAUUUAAAUGUAUUAAUUAGAUCUGAACUAAUCUGAUGUUAGAGUCCUGAUCAACUAACAAAUCUGUAGUUGAGGAAGAAGAAGCAGGAGUUAUUUGUCAUUACCCCACAAUUGUUUUCUCUUAUUUUACCUGCUGUAAUUAGACACUUAGUACCAUAGAGUGUACAAUAUGUAAGGCUGCAACUAACUAUUUUUAUUAUCAACUAAUCUGCUGAUUAUUGAUUUAGUGGAUUUAUUAACAGUUUGGUCUAAAAAUACCAGAAUGUACUUAGAGCUGGGUAUCAUUUCAAUACUAUGACUUUGAUACCGGUUCCUGAACAAUACUUUUUUUCGAUACCAAUAUUAUGAAAUACAUUUUAACAUUGUAUCAGACUAUUUAAAACAUAAAUAAUCAAAAGGAACUUUAAUAACAAACAGUGAACAGAAAUGUGGUACCGAAUGACGAGAGAUUUUUCAAUACUUGAUAGCAUCGAAGCAAUUCAGUCGGUGCCAUAGACGUUUGGUGCUGACAUUUUUUUUCUUUUUAACGAUUUACUAAUGAAUAUUACACAUUUUAAAAACCCAAAUAGUUUUGUGGCAUUUUGAAAUGAAACCCUUCAAUUACAGGUAAAAUGAUCUGCUAUGUAACGGUUGUUGGUAUUUCAUAUUGUAGUUGUGUUUCUCAAAAGCUUCUUGAGAUGAGGUUCAGUUUUGCUUGUUGAGCUCACAGAACUGAGGAUUGUGAGUUAUGAGAUGCCUGUAAACAGUUACUGACCUACCACACAGUACUCAAAACCAUAACAGUUUUAAAGCUCCUGCCUCUUAAAACAAAGUACCAGUUUAUUGUGGAAAUUAACCGUCUGCAAGUUCAGACUGUGGACCAUUAGUUUGUAAACCCUACAUCACCCGUCAGUUGUUGUCCUACUCAGUUUUAAACUUCUCCCGUACUUGAAGUCGAAGUGGAUGGUGAGUUGUUGAAUGAAGCAGCCACUGAGGCAGGUGGCCACUGAAGUCACACUCACUGGUGUUCCCUCUGAAAUCUGUUUUGUUGUAUUUGGUGCUUUAGUUCUCAUGUUUUUGUUUUAGUGCUACGUUUACGUGAAACAUGUUUGUACAGAUCUGUAUUAAAAGUGUGCAAAUGUAUUAAAAA